CGAUUCGAGCCCGGCCAGACCCAGACCGUCAAUUUAACGCUCAUGUCGGACGACUGGAGCGUGUACUACUCGCAGAUCGGCCACGGCCUCAAGAAGGUGGCGGAGGACUGCGACUACGUCGUAGCCAUCAAGCCCGAGACGAACUGCGAC